AUGGCCGAGCAAAUUGCACUCCAGUCCCAGAUCGAGGCUCUUCAACAACAGCAGCAACAGCUGUUGCAGCAGCAACUCGCCAAUAAUCAAGUUAUGGCUUCUGCAUUUUCCACUCAACCGAUGGGGGGCAUGCGAGGUGGUCACCGGCGCAUUCAGAGUCAAGCUCCAAUGGGCAUGGGUAUGGGUCACUUCGGAGCCAACUUCGGUCCAUUGCCUGGAGCGAAUUUUGGCAUCGGUGCUGUAGGUGUUCCUCCGUUAGACGGCCAAGCUGGAAUAGGUGGCAGCUUGCCUCGUGGUCAUGGAAGGAGGCACAGCGUGAAUGUCAUCAAUAAGAAUACAAGCGAGGGAGGACAGAAUUUGUCCCCCUCCUUUCCUCUUGAAGGAUUUGAUGAUAAUUUCCAUCCACCGCAAGCUGGCGGCCAUUCGCGCCAGCCCUCCCGUGCUGAUCCCACUUUCAGAAUGAGUACUGGCGCAUUCGCGGAUCUCGCCCAAGCUCAGGCACAAUUGCAAAGCCUUCAACAGUUCAGGGCUGCGGCUGGAGGUCAUCACCAGAAGAUGCCUUCAUUCAAUUUUCCUAAUAUGCUGCCUAACAUGGUGGCUGCUAACAUGAUGGGUCUCGGAGGUUACAACCUUCUGCAGCAGCAGCAGCAACAGUUCCAGUUGCAACUCCAACAACAGGCACAACAGCCUCAGCGCAAGUCUCUUUUCGCUCCAUACCUUCCUCAGGCAUCCCUCCCUCCCCUUCUUGCCGCUGGGAAGCUCGUCGUUGGUAUACUGCGAGUUAACAAACGCAACCGUUCUGACGCAUACGUCGCAACUGAAGUUUUGGAUGCGGAUAUCUAUAUUUGUGGCUCCAAGGACCGCAAUCGCGCCCUUGAAGGGGACAUUGUUGCUGUGGAACUCUUGGAUGUGGAUGAAGUUUGGGGCACCAAGAAGGAGAAAGAAGAGAAGAAGCGUAAGAAGGAAGAGAAUGCUGCAUACGAUUCCAAGGCCGCCGCCACGAAAAAGAACGACAAGAAAAAAGACGAUGUUGAAGUGGAAGGUCAGGGUCUCAUCCUUUUCGAAGACGAAGAAGUGACGGAUGAGGUCAAGCCUCAGUUUGCGGGUCACGUCGUUGCGGUAGUGGAGCGCAUGCCAGGUCAACUCUUCUCUGGUACCCUGGGCCUUCUUAGACCUUCCUCUGCUGCCACUAAGGAGAAACAAGAGGCAGAGCGCCGUGAACGCGAAGGAAUUCGUGAAGAGGAUGAGAAGAAGCAGCCCAUUGAGAGGCCCAAGAUUGUUUGGUUCAAGCCUACCGAUAAACGGGUUCCUCUCAUUGCCAUUCCCACCGAACAGGCGCCCCCCGAUUUUGUUCAGAAUUCCGAGGCAUAUGCUGAUAGAUUGUUUGUUGCCUGCAUCAAGCGCCAUCCUAUCAGUUCUUUGCAUCCUUUCGGCACUCUCGUUGAGGAGCUUGGUCCUAUUGGAGAUGUUGAAGUGGAAACCAGCGCCUUGUUGAAGGAUUGCAACUUCCCUACUGAAGAAUUUGCAGAGAAUGUGAUCAAGUGCAUACCCCCAGUCCCCUGGACCGUUCCUGAGCGUGAAUAUGAGACACGCCGUGAUCUUCGCGAAGAGCGCAUCUUUACUAUCGACCCUCCACGCGCAAAGGACCUCGACGAUGCUCUCUCCAUCAAACGCAACGAUGACGGGACAUCCGAUAUUGGCGUCCACAUUGCAGAUGUCUCACAUUUCGUCAAGGCGAAUACUCCUCUUGAUCGUGAUGCUCGCAAACGUGCUACUAGUGUUUACCUUGUCCAACGAGCAGUUCCUAUGCUUCCCCCUACCUUGAGUGAGGAGUUGUGCAGUCUCAACCCUGGUCAAGAACGUCUGGCCUUCAGCGUCAUUUUCACUGUAACCGAGGAUGCCCGAGUUGUAAAUAAGUGGUUUGGCAGGACCAUCAUCAAGUCUGCUGCGAAACUUUCCUACGAUGAAGCUCAGGCUGUCAUUGAAGGGAAGAGUCUGGACGCUUCCAAAUUGUUUGCUCACACGCCAUCCGCUGUCGAGGAGGACAUACGUCUCCUAGACAAAUUCGCGAAGGAACUCAGGGCGCGUCGUUUCGAGAAUGGGUGUCUUCGCAUGGAAAAGAAUAAACUUAGCUUUGAUCUCGACGCUAAUGGAGCACCUAUCGAUUGCCAAAACUAUACCGCUACCGAUGCGACUGCUGCUGUCGAAGAGUUCAUGCUGUUAGCUAACAUUGCGGUCGCUCAGCAGAUCGCUUUCCAUCUGCCCGAGCAGGCUCUUCUUCGCAGGCAUGAGGCCCCCAUCGAGCGUCGCAUCAAAGCGUUUGUCCAACGAGCAGGUCGAAUGGGUUUCAAAAUUGAUGCGUCGUCUGCUGGUGCUCUUCAAGAGAGUUUGGCUGCUAUCGAUGGUCUGGAGAAACGCGACAUUCUUGAAUUCCUUUGCGCGAAGACAAUGCAUGGCUCAAAGUACUUUUGUGCUGGAAUGCUGGAUAUCGCCAAAUAUGGACAUUAUGCAUUGAACAUUCCACUGUACACACAUUUCACGUCUCCAAUCCGUCGUUACGCCGAUAUUAUCGUCCACCGCCAAUUAGAGUCUGUCCUUACUCCUGGAACGGAACCAAAGUUCGCUAUGGAUCGAGAUUCCGUCGCUAAGGUUGCCCAGCAGUGCAAUGUUAAGAAAGACUCUGCCAGAUUGGCUCAAGAACAAUCGAACCACUUGUUCCUGUGCCUCAUGAUCUCAGAUCUUACCCAGCAUUACGGCCCCGUGAUCCGUCAGGCGAAAGUUGUGAAUGUUUUGGACGCUGCUUUCGACGUCCUGGUUCCUGAGUUUGGCAUCGAGAAGCGUGUUCAUGUCGAUCAGAUGCCGAUUGAAAACCACGUAUUCGAUGAGCACUCAUACACUCUGUCAAUCUAUUGGUCGGACAAGGAUGUGAUCUCUUGGCUUGCGGAACACAGCGAUGAUGAACACCUCAAGAAAGUGAAACAAACCGCGGAGCAGCACGCGGCCAAAAUGGAAGUGGCAUCACGUUCUGUCCACGACGAGAGUGCGUUGUUCGAAGAGGAUGAGACUGAGGAUGAGGAUGAGGUCCGCCUUCUGUCCGCAGCGAAGGUCCCGCCCAAGUUCGAGGGUUUGAGGACUCUUCCAGCGGGUCAUCACGUUCAAGAUAUCAAGGAGUUAAUGACCGUUCCGGUUAUUGUCACUGCGGAUUUGACGAAGAGUCCGCCCGUAGUCAAAGUUUACAGCGUCAACCCCUUCGCGACGGAGCAGAGGAAGUAA